AUGGCGAAGGCACAGUAUAGCUGCCAAGCUGCACAUUCUGUCCCGCACCACAACGUUGAACACGCGACAAUGGUGUAUGUCUACGAUCCAGUAUCGCACUACAUGGUGGCACGAACCCACUCCACAUGUUACUUCAUGGCAUUGAAUAUCCAUCAGAUACAUCAGAUACAUGAAGUCAACGGUCUGGAACAAGUCGAGCUGCAAAUGGUUGCCUCCAUAAAUGGUGAAGAAGAGAAGUUAAGCCAGUCCAUCAUAGCCCACGUCUAUCGUAUUGUGGACCAUACCUGUAAACACCACACAUUAUUACUUGUUAAUUCAACGCCGGCCACUACCCCACAAUUUUAA